AUGACGAGUCAAAUAGAACAAAAAAAGUUAUCUGGAAAUGCCUUUAAGAUUGCUCUCAAGAUCCACGAGUUGAUAUUUUCAUUUAAAGAAUUGUUCUUUUUCAAAUAUUCUUACAUGUCUCUCGACAUUAAUGUUUCAAAUGAUGCCACAAUUUAUCUCGGAAUAAAUCAAGGAGUGGAAAUGAAUUUUCCAGGAAGUUUCGUACACAAACAAUAA